UGAAAUUGUCAGUGAAAAUUAUUUGAAACUAAAUAUUUAAAAAUAUAAAAUAAAGCUUAUCUUUACUCAAUGGCCAAACCUACUACCAUCAAGGAUGCACUACGCAUUUGGGAAGAAAAAAAUGGCAAGGAUCCCAUUACAGUCACAGACAUUGGUUUACAGUUUCAAUUUCCACCAAUUGAAAAAAUGGAUAGCACACUUAAUACGCUUGUUAACUGCAGGAAACUUAGCCUGUCUUCCAACAUGAUUGAAAAAAUAACGGGUAUCAAUCAGCUUAAAAAUCUCCGUAUUCUUUCGUUGGCAAGGAACAAUUUGAAAAGUAUCAAUGGCAUUGAGGCACUUGGAGAAACAUUGGAAGAGUUAUGGGUCAGUUACAAUAUUAUUGAGAAAAUUAAACCAAUUGAAUCCAUGAAAGCAUUGCGCGUGUUUUAUGUAUCACACAAUCUUAUUAAAGAUUGGAUUGAAUUCAAUCGUAUGGCAUUGGCGCCGAAACUGGAGGAAAUUUCCUUUCUUGGCAAUAUAAUCAACGAGAAUAUGGAUGAACUGGUUUUUAAAAAUGAAGCCAUACGUCGUUUACCGCUACUAAAAAAACUCGAUGGUGAACCGGUUAUUAGAGGCGAUUAGUUGACAUAAAAUAAAUAAUGUAUACAAAGCUGUA